AUUGACGCUCAAUCAUGGCCACCUUCUCAGACCUUCCGGUCGAGCUGAUCAUUGACAUUGGAGAAUAUCUUCCAGGCUCCGACAUUAAAGCACUGCGCCUUACGGAUCGGGUCUGCAAAAGCGCAAUUGCGCAUCUCCUCUUUCCCCGACUCUAUGUCUCAUCUCAUGAGCUUGACUUGAAGGUCUUGAAACACGUUUCAGAAACCCCAGAGCUUGCGAAAGGUGUAAAGCAACUAGUCUGCGACGGUGGCUAUGAUCAGCUAGCCCCCGGGUACCGUAAGAUUGCUCUGGAAAGACUUGAUGAAACUCGCGCUGCGUGGGACAAGGAAGAUAGCGGUGUUGUUGAUGCUCUCCCUUACCUCACUAGCCUCCGUUCCAUGGUACUUUGUUGUCCCAAAUCUCUCGAUUCAUCGAUGAGUCUCUCGGGUCUAUGCGCUCCUUCGACAAGAGCAGCGUUGUCCGAAAUUGGCACAGAAUAUGGCACUCCCGAGGACCGGAGAUUCAAUGUCAGAGCUGUUGGCAGCAGACUACUGUGGCGUCAAAUCGCUCCAGAGAGACGAAUGGAGCUUUUCAACUCUACAGAGACAAGUAUUGACGUUACCACGGCCUCGUUUGAGGAUAUCGAGCGACUCAAUAAUUUCCGCCAUCUUAACCUCUUACUGGAUGUCUGUAUCACGUCACCCUCUUACAUCAAGGAAUUCAUCAUCCCUCCGUUCCGCACAGCGUUUGAUGAGUAUGGCGCUUGCAUGGGUGCCUUUGUUUACUUGUUCGAAUCUUGGAAUAACACCCUCGACCGAAUGCGGAUCGCCUUUACAAAUUUGGAGGUUUUACACCUUUGUUUCUUAGGCGAUUACGACGGCGAAUCGGCGCGUAUUCUAUUGCAAGGUAACCUCACCACGGUCCUAUCUUCCUGCAAAGAGCUUCGCGAACUCAAAAUCGACAACUCGGAAUGUCUGUACCCUUUGGCUACUCAUCUUCCUACGAUCUCAGCCCUCGAUCUUAAGAAACCGCUUCCAAAGCUCCGCAGGGCUACUUUCAUUGCUGGGUCAGACGAUGCCAAAAGCGCCUUUCGGGUGAUACGUGCCCAUGCGGCCAGCCUUGAGUAUCUGGAGUUCAAAUCUAUCAACCUGAAGAAUGGAGACGCAGCAGUUGAAACUUGGACCUGGCUACUUGAAGCACUUCGUGGCUUACCUAAUACGGCUGAGUUCAAGAAGCUGGAUCUUGUAUGCGACUUAGUGGGUGGUGAUCCUAUGCUCUGGUCACCACAAAGCUGCUGGAACACAGUCAAAGACCCUGAUGGCAGGAAAGCGGCCUGGACACAGUUUCUCGAUGGUGGCGCGUUCCCGCUACGAGAGCCGUAUCAGGACUUCGAGGAUCCGCCGGUAGAGAUACGAGGAAAAGUAUGGCCUCUUUACAAGGAGACUCAAUAUUCGGACAGUGAUGGAACUGACUCGAUGGGAGCUGACUGGGAUUGGAAGAUGGAAGAGUGGUUUCCGCCGUUGGAUGAGAGAAUCAAGCUGUAUGUUCCUUCGAUUGAGGGGGGUGAUAUCGGAUCCGCAGAGUCGAUGUCUGAUUCCAAUGAGGAAGAUUCGGAGUAGAAAGGGUAAGAGGAUUCUAGCAAGAGGAAUUCCAGUGGUCUCCUGCACCCAGAUUGCUUAUUGAGCUGCUUGUUAACUCCAUAGAGCUUGAUCGACUUGAUAAUACGAACAUCAUGGUUGGUUGCGAUGAACAAUUCGGUACUCUUAGCUCAGCUGGUACACUCUCUUGAAUAUUAUGUAGCAGCACAACACCAUCUGAGGUGGCCCAGAG